AUGGCAUCAAGCGAGGACAACAAGAAGCUUUUGGCUUUCCCCUCAAAGCCCCGUGUCUUCAUUGUCUCGGACAUCUCCAAUGAGCCUGAUGACGCCGAGUCGCUCGUGCGAUAUCUCCUCUACUCCAACCAGUUCCAGACGGAAGGUCUCGUGGCCUGCACGUCAACAUGGAUGAAGAACAAAGUCUGUCCCCAGGACAUGCACAAGAUCAUUGACGCAUAUGCCGGGGCUGUCGACAACCUAAACAAGCAUGUCCACCCAGACUUCCCCUACGCCUCUGCCGACUACUUUAGAAGCAUUAUCAAAUCUGGUGCACCGGUAUACGGCUUUGAGGCUGUUGGGCACGAUAUCCCACUCAGCGAGGGUGGUGAACUUCUCACAGAGAGAAUCAAGGCUCCGAAUGAUGACCCUCUAUGGAUCUUAGUCUGGGGCGGCACCAAUGUCCUUGCGCAAGUUCUUUUCAAGCUCAAGCAUUCUCUGAGCGAGGGAGAGUUUGCCCCCCUCCGCGCAAAGCUGAGGAUCUAUACCAUCUCCGACCAAGACGACACGGGAGCUUGGAUCCGCAACACAUUCCCCGACCUCUUCUACAUAUCCUCGAUACACGCUUGGAACCAGUAUGGCCUGGCAGCCUGGACCGGAAUCGCAGGCGACAACUACUACGGCUUUGAUCAGGGCGGACCAGACUUCUCUAAGCUGACCAAAGAGUGGCUCAAAGAACACGUUCAGAUCGGACCGCUCGGGUCUGCUUACCCCGACUACCUCUUCAUCCCCGAGGGCGACACUCCCACCUUUCUCUAUCUCAUCCAGAACGGCCUUGGUGUCCCCGAGCGCCCUGAACUCGGCUCGUGGGGUGGCAGAUACAACAAGACUGAUAUCAGCCCCCACGGCCUGGGCAGUAAUCACUACAGCGACGCGACCGACCACGUCGUGGGCAAGGAUGGGAAGACGUACAAGUCCAAUCACGCCACCAUCUGGCGCUGGAGAGACGCCUUCCAAAAUGACUUUGCCGCCCGUAUCCAGUGGACGCUCUCCCCUGAGCUGUCCUCCGCCAACCAUCACCCCGUCAUCUCCGUCAACGGCUCGGUCGGCACAGCCCCAAUCUACUUUACGGCUGAGGCAUCUACGAGCAUCACACUUGACGCAGGUGGUACGUACGAUCCAGACGGCGACUCACUAACGUUCAAGUGGUGGCAAUACAGAGAGCCCACGGCAUCACAGUGGUGGGUGACGGCAGAGGUCCAGGAGAUGAAGGUAGAGAAGCAGGACGAGGAGGGGAGGGUAGUCAAGGUCACCCUUCCCACACCCGAGGAAUGCUGCGCCGACCUGAUUAGCAGAGCCCCCGUUGCCAAAGGCCAAGAGCUGCACGUUAUCCUCGAAGUGACGGACUCGGGCACACCUGCUUUGACGAGCUACAGACGCAUCGUUAUCCAGGCAACGAAUAAGGAGCUGAAGGGGAGCAAAGUCAUACGAGAUGCUAUAGGUGACACGUUACCUUGA